AAUCGACUGCGCUCUACAGCCGACGGGCUGCCAUACACUGCCUCAACGCCAUCGCCGCGGCUGAGCGCAGGCCGCAAGAGACCUACCAACGCUACUUGUGGCCGAAAGCACAGAUGGGCGGCCAGGACGCCGUCGCCGGCUUCCGCGCCUCGCUCGGCGACCUGCGCAAGCUCUUUUCCCAGACGAGCGAGGCCGCGGACAAUGCACAAAAAGCGCAGCAGGCCCGCGAGGCGAGCGACGCGGAGGCCGUGCGCGAGGGCGCGAAGGCCUUGGAGCUCGAGGCGCGGCGCGAGGCCCUCGAGACCGCUCUGAGCGCCGCAAGGAAGGACGCGAAGGCGCAGAAGGGUCGGGCCGACGCGGCGGAAGCGGCACUCAAGAAGCUGCAGGCCCAGGCCAAGCCCGAGGCCAAGGGCACCACGGAGAGAUUGACAGCAGAGAACGAGAGAUUAAGAAAGUUCCUGCGCGAGCUCAAGGCGCGGCUCGCGUCGGCGAACGAGGAGAAGAAGAAAGCGGAAGAGGCGGCCGAGGCCAAGGGCGUCGCUAGAGGUAUUGAGAAGGGCAAAAGCGAACUCGACGAGGCCGUGAAGGAGGCCGAGUCGCGAGGCAAGGCCCAGGGCCUCGACGAGGGCCGCGCGGAGGCCGAGGCCGUCGACGACGUCGACGAGAAGGUACAGGAGGCGAAGCUCGCGGCGGCCGUCAAAGCGAAGGAGGAGGCCGUCGCGCGCGCCGCGGCCGCCGAGGAGAAGGCGUCGAAGGCCGAAGCUGAGCGGGACGCGCGCGUCGCCGCGGCCGAGCAGCAGGCGGCGGACGCGGCCGCGCGGGCCCUCGCGGACGCGCGCAGCGAGGACCGCGCGAACGCGGACGCGGCCGAGAAGGCCGCCGUCGCGCGCGCCGAGGCCGCCGAGGCGUCGGCGACGCGGCUGCGCGCGUUUCUGAGAGAUCUGAAGCAGACGCUCGCGCGCAAGACCGAGGCGCACGACGCGCUCGCGUCCGAGGUCGCGGGGCUGCGCGCCGCGGCGGCGGCCGCCGCCGCAGCGCCGCCGGCGCCGCCGAAGCGCAAGGCCGCGCCGCCGACGACCGCGGCGAAGCGGCCGAGGGCCGCGCCGCCGGCCGCCGCGCCGCCGGCCCCGGCGCCGGCGCCGACCGCGCCGCCGCCGCCGGCCGCGCCGCCGCCGCCGGCCGCGGAGCGCGCCGUGACGGAGGAGGCCGCGGUGGUCGAGCCGGAGCCGGCCGUCGUCGAGGACGAGCCGGCCGUCGUCGCCGCCGACGACGCCAUGGAGGCCGAGGCCCCGGCGCCGCCCGCCGAGGCCGCGCCGGCACUGCCGGCCGUGACCGCGGGCGACGCCGCGGUGGCCGCGGCCUUCGGCGAGGCGCCCCCGGCCGCCGCGGCGCCGGAGGAGCCGGCGGCGGCGCCCGAGCCCGCCCCGGAGCCCGAGGCCGCCGCUUCCGAGCCGGCGCCGGCCGCCGCGCCCGCGCCCGAGGCCGAGCCCGAGCCCGCCCCGGAGCACGAGGCCGCCGCUUCCGAGCCGGCGCCGGCCGCCGCGCCCGCGCCCGAGGCCGAGCCCGAGCCCGCCCCGGAGCCCGAGGCCGCCGCUUCCGAGCCGGCGCCGGCCGCCGCGCCCGCGCCCGAGGCCGAGCCCGAGGCUGUCGCGGCGCCCGCGGCGAUGGAGGCCGAGGCAGAGGUCGCAGAGCCAGCAGCGGCGAUGGACGCCGAGCCGGAGCCGGAGCCGGCCGAGCCCGCGCCGGAGCCCGCGCCGGCCGAGGAACCCGCAGCCGUCGAGGAGUCCGAAGCGCCCGCAGCGAUCGAGGAACCCGCGGCGGCCGACGACGCGCCUGCCGCGGACGAGGCCGCGGCGGAGCCGCCGGCAGCCCCCGAGGAGCCCGCGGAGGCCGAGGAGGAGCCCGCCGCCGACGCGGAGUCCGAGGCGCCCGUCACGGCGCCCGACGAGGACGACGCACCCGCGGAGGAGGAGGCGUCCGCGGCGCCGGACGACGGCGACGACGAGGCGGCGGCGUCCGUCGACCUCGGCGCCGCCGACGCCGACGGCGACGUCGAGGUCGUGGACGCGGCCGCGGACGACGACGACGGCGCCGACGACAUGGACGAGGACGCGCCCGAGGCCGCCGCCGCCGACGACGGCGGCGACGCGAUGGACGAGGACGACGACGGCGACGCGGGCGCGGACGCCAUGGACGAGGACGACGACGCCGUGGACGUGAUCGACGUGGACGUCGACGACGACGUCAUCGAGAUCGACCAGGACUGA